ACCAAUUCAGCAGACGCUUGUCGCCCAACACAUUUUGGCAUUUAAAAAAUCGAACGGUUUCGGCGCGUUGUCCGCUUUGUGCUUGAUUUUCGUGCAUUCGAUGGGCAUAUUCGAGGUUUGAUCGCCGUUUCACUUGUCGAUUGUGUGGAUCUCUGUUUCCGAAUCCUUAUCACCAGGAUUUUUCGUGGGUAGAGUCAUUUGGCCAGAAAACCAGCCGGAUUUUUCACAUUUCCAGGCGAACGCCAGUGCAAAAGGAGGGAACCCAAAAGGAAAAAAAGGAGAUAGCAAGAUGGCCGCGAAGCCCGAGGAUAAAAGCACGGAUAUUCCGGAUCGUCUUUUCGAUUCCAACCAGCGAAAAACCUACAAACGCAUGCGGUUCUUUGGCAAGGGUGGCUUUGCAAAAUGUUACGAGAUCAUUGAUGUGGAGUCCGACGACGUCUUUGCCGGCAAGAUCGUGUCGAAGAAGCUGAUGAUCAAGCACAAUCAGAAAGAAAAGACCGCCCAGGAGAUAACUAUACAUCGCAGCCUAAACCAUCCGAACAUUGUCAAGUUCCAUAGCUACUUUGAGGAUGUGCAAAACAUCUACAUUGUGUUGGAGCUGUGCAAGAAAAGAUCCAUGAUGGAGCUGCACAAGCGUAGGAAAAGCAUUACGGAGUUUGAGUGUCGCUACUACAUUUACCAGAUCAUUCAGGGUGUAAAGUACUUGCAUGAUAGUCGCAUCAUCCAUCGUGAUCUCAAGCUGGGCAAUCUGUUUCUCAACGACUUGUUGCAUGUGAAAAUCGGAGAUUUCGGUCUGGCCACCCGUAUCGACUACGAGGGCGAACGGAAGAAGACGUUGUGCGGCACGCCUAAUUAUAUUGCCCCAGAGAUUCUGACUAAGAAGGGUCAUUCUUUCGAAGUAGAUAUCUGGUCUAUUGGCUGCGUCAUGUAUACACUGCUAGUCGGCCAGCCUCCGUUCGAGACCAAGACAUUGAAGGACACUUACUCAAAGAUCAAGAAGUGCGAGUACCGCGUUCCCAGCUACUUAAGAAAGCCGGCGGCUGACAUGGUCAUUGCCAUGCUGCAACCCAAUCCGGAAAGCCGCCCUACAAUUGGGCAACUGCUAAACUUUGAUUUCCUCAAGGGCUCUAAGGUGCCCACGUUCUUGCCAAGCUCUUGUCUAACAAUGGCGCCACGUAUUGGCAGCAAUGACACCAUCGAGGACUCUGUGCAUCGCAAGCCACUAAUGGAGAUGAACGGCAUGAGGCACGACGAUACACGUCUUGAGUCGACCUUCCUCAAGGCCAAUCUUCACGAUGCUAUUACUGCCUCAGCACAGGUGUGUCGCCACAGCGAAGACUAUCGCAGCGAUAUCGAGAGUCUGCACCAGCAGCUCACCAAUCUCAUCAAUGGCAAGCCUCGAAUUUUGCAAGGCAAUCUGGGCGACGAAAACACCGAUCCUGCUGCACAGCCACUAUUCUGGAUAUCCAAGUGGGUUGACUACAGUGAUAAAUACGGCUUUGGUUACCAGCUUUGCGAUGAGGGCAUUGGCGUGAUGUUCAACGACACCACAAAACUGAUCUUGCUGCCUAAUCAGAUAAACGUGCACUUCAUCGACAAAGACGGCAAGGAGAGUUACAUGACCACCACGGAUUACUGCAAGACGCUGGACAAGAAGAUGAAACUGCUCUCGUACUUUAAGCGUUACAUGAUCGAGCAUCUGGUCAAGGCUGGCGCUAACAAUGUUAAUAUCGAAAGCGAUCAGAUCUCGCGUAUGCCUCAUCUGCACUCCUGGUUCCGUACAACAUGUGCCGUGGUCAUGCAUCUGACCAACGGAUCCGUGCAGCUCAACUUCUCGGACCACAUGAAACUCAUCCUCUGCCCACGCAUGAGUGCCAUAACCUAUAUGGAUCAUGAGAAAAAUUUCCGCACCUAUCGUUUCUCGACCAUUGUGGAGAACGGCGUCUCUAAAGACUUGUACCAGAAGAUUCGCUAUGCCCAGGAGAAACUUAGGAAAAUGCUGGAGAAGAUGUUCAUUUAAUUGUAGCCAUCCAACUAUGAUUUUCUCACCAAACCAAUCCCACUCUCGUGCGUUUUAAAAAGUGUAGUUUCUGUUUACAUUAUUCUAAGCCGAAUGUUAGUUUAAGCUAAUCCACGGAUGCUAUGGCCAACUUCACAAACAGCCACAAACGAAUCCUCUCCCACGCAUCUCUAAAAUUGUAGUUUCUGUUUAAAUUGAUUUAAUUGUUCGAUGUUUUUAGAAUUUGUUUUUGCCGUUCCCUUUCAUUACUAGUUAAGUUAUAUUCAUCGUCAAUGUCGAGCCAUAUAUAAAUAUAUCUGUUGGUCUUCGUACACGAUUACUUAAUAAAUUUUUAAAGAAAUAAAACUAGAUGUUUAAACUAAGCAAUCGUGUUCCGAAAAAUCCACACUCACCAAAUUGACUGAUAACGCCAUUUAAAUGCUGGAUCCAUUAUGAAAAGUGUAGUGUUAUAUUUAAUUUUUGUAAAGCGCCACAGCGCCAUAAAUAAGUUUUAAUUUGACUGCAAGGCUUGAAAGUGCUUUACAGGACAAUUAUUUUAUAAGUUUUGGUCAGAAAAACCGUUCGUGAUAAGAUACAAUUUGUAAUUGCUUAUAAACGAAAAGCGCAUAAAUAAUUUAAUAAAAUAUCAGGAAAUAAA